AUGAAGCACGCCACUCUGGAGCUAGGUGGGAACGCCCCAUUCAUUGUUUUUGAAUCUGCCAACAUGGAUACGGUUAUCACAGCUAUAAUGGCUUCGAAGUUUCGUUGUUCAGGCCAGACUUGUGUAUGCGCCAACCGGGUGUUUGUGCAUUCUUCGUUGUACCAUGACUUUAUCACUCGUCUGACAGACGCUGUCAGUCGCCUUCGGCUUGGUGAUGGCUCCCAGCCAAAUGUGGAUCAGGGUCCUCUAAUUAAUUCAGAGGCUCUCAAAAAGGUAAGAAACAUCACAUAUUACACAUCUAACAGAAUGAUAAUUUAG